UGAUGUCAUCUCUGUCAUGUGAUCAGAUGUGUCCAUUCACAGCUGAUCACUGAUCAUCAGGGCACUGAUCAGUGUAGCCCCAUCAGUGUCACCUGUCAGUGCCCACCAAUGCCACCUGUAAGUGCCCAUCAAUGCCACGUAUCAGUGCCCAUUAGAGCUGCCUGUCAAUACCACCUAUCAGUGCCAGUCAGUGUUGCCUAUCAGUGCCAAUCAGUGCUGUCUAUCAGUGCCUGUCAGUGCCGCCUAACAGUUCCAACCAGUGCCACCUAUUAGUGCCAGUCAGUGCUGCCUAUCAGUGCCAUAUAUGAGUG